GCUGGCGAGGCCGCGCCGGGGAUCGGGCCAUGGAGGCGGCGGGGGCGCUGGGGGCCGGAGUGGCGCUGCUCCUGGGGCUCUACGCGCUGCUUUACUACAACUUCGUGGCGGCCACCCGGUGUCGGAACACGGUCAGCCUGCGGGGCAAGACGGUGCUCAUCACAGGUGGAAAUACUGGGAUCGGGAAGGCCACGGCGGUGGAUCUGGCCCGGAGAGGCGCCCGCGUCAUUCUGGCAUGCCGCGACAAAGCGAGAGGAGAAUCCGCCAUGUACGACAUCAGACGGGAAAGUGGGAACUCGGAGGUGAUCCUGAUGAUCCUGGAUCUGUGCAGCCUGGACUCCGUGCGAGCUUUUGCGCAGACCUUCUUAGAAUCGGAGCCCCGUCUGGACAUCCUCAUCAACAACGCAGGGGUCUAUAAGGGUGGUCCAACUGCUGAUGGCUUUGACCAGGCCUUCCAGGUCAACCACUUGGCCCACUUCCUGCUGACCCACCUGCUCCUCGACCGGCUGAAACGCUGUGCCCCGAGCCGGAUAGUAAUUCUGUCCUCAUGUGUGCACACCUUUGGGAAGAUUGACUUUCAGUCCACCAACAAACCGAACAAGUGGCUGAUGAAGGGUGGACAAUCCUACAACAACAGCAAACUAGCCAACAUUCUCCACGCAAGAGAGUUGGCCAACCGGUUGGAAGGAACCAACGUCACCUGCUAUGCGGUUCAUCCAGGAGUUGUUAAAACCGAAAUUACUCGCUCCCAUCCCUGGUGGACACUUUGGCUGGUUUGGUCCUCCAAACUGUUUGUCCGAAAUAGCAAAGCUGGGGCUCAGACCUCCAUCUACUGCGCCACCGAGGAGGGCAUCGAGGGGCUGAGCGGGCGGUAUUUCGCGGACUGCCGGCCGAAGGUGCCCAGUCCACUGGCCUGUGGUGACCAGCUGGCCAAGAAGCUCUGGGAAUUCAGCGAGAGGCUGCUGGGACUGACCAGCUAAAUAUUUCC